CAUGCUAAGCUUUUCCAGCAAUUCCUGCUUUUGUUCAAGAGUAAUUGGGGCUGAGCAACAAAUGCUGCGCACACCACUGAUGUUUGCAUCCUACAAAAGACUAAAGGAAAUAAUUUCUGUUUUGUAUGGUACGUCAACCUGACUAAAUGAGCAGCUUGGCAUUUUGGGCACUAGUUUAUUGCUUUAGCAUCAUCUUUGGAGUGCCUGCUAUCAGCUGUGACGAAGACGCAGAUAUCCAUUCAGAUGAUUGGAAAAGGCCCAAUAUCACAGCUGUUCCUCCAAGGGAUCAAUCCACAGUUAUCGUGGGAAAGGAUACCAGCACAAGACAAGCAUCUGGGGAGAAUGAAAAUCAUUUGGAACUUGGAUUCAUUGCCUGUGCUGUUGCAGUCGUGUUCUUUGGAAGUAAUUUUGUUCCUGUGAAGAAAUUUGAUACCGGCGAUGGGAUGUUUUUCCAGUGGAUCCUUUGUGCAGCAAUAUGGAUUGUAUCUCUGGCUGUGAAUUUAAUAUUGAAAUGCCCAGAGUUUUGGCCCCUUGCUAUGUUGGGUGGCUUUUUAUGGGCUACUG